AUGAAGGAUAAAGACUCAUUCAAGAAGCUACGCUUCACCGGCCAUAUCGAAAGGUAUUUGAUAGCUAAGCACUCCUUGGGCUUCUACAAUAAUGUGGCCGUCAGCGUAUUCUAUACGAAUCGCUCACCACUUGAUGUUCAGCAUCUUCAGUCCUUCAUAUACAGAGCAUUAAAGGAAGUCAUCGCCGACCACCCUGCUUUGGGGGUCAAUAUCAAAGAUGAUGAUAAAUCUCGACCAUACUAUGUGCAACUACCGACGAUCGAUCUCUCAAAAACAGUCACGUUCAUUCCUUCCGUCGCAAUUCCAAAUCCUUUAGAUCCGGAGGGUGUCAAAAAUUUAGAUUUGUUGCUGGAAGAACAGCAUAAUCGUAACUUCAAAGAUCAAGCAUCCCAGGAUCCUCUCUGGAGGUUGUUGAUUGUUCACGAACCUGUGGAAAGCUCACGAUUUGUCGCUUGCUUUGUCUACCAUCACGGAAUAUGCGAUGGGACAUCUGGACUUGUCUUCCAUCAACAUCUGCACAGAAAACUAAAUCAAAUCCCGAUCAGUGAUACAGACCAAGAGGCGGAUGCGAUAGUAGCAACAUCCUCAAAAGCAUUUCUUCCCGCACUUGAAGACCUGCACCCGCUGCCACUUUCUACACGAUUCCUUCUCAAGGCAAUCUUGAAAGAGCAUCUAGUCAGUGAGAAGUCUAAGCGCCACAUAUGGACAGCGGCACCGAUAACAAGCGACCCAUCAAAACGAAGAUGUCGAUAUCGGUCAGUUCGUUUCUCGCAAGAGACUACUUCUCAGCUUCUAGCAGCUUGUCGGGCACAGUCUACUUCUCUCACUGCGGCUGUGCAAACAAUAUUCGCUUCAUCGCUGUUCGUUCAUCUCCCUUCCAGCCAAUUUUCGAGUUUGUACUGUGAUGGUGCCAUGUCAUUCACGAGGUGGUUACCGGUUGAUCUUGUUGAUAAAGAUAGUAUCGGAACUUGGGUUUCUCAAUAUAACUUUGAACAUCGGUUCGUUUCCAUGGAUAGCUCGUCCCAAAGCGACGCUAUCAAACUAUUUUCAUGGGAAGAAGCAAGAAAAGUGAAAGCGACGAUCCAAAAAGAGAUCGAUAAUGAGGGCAAGAACAGUGCCGUCAGCUUAUUGAAAUUCGCCGGUAACAUGCACAAAUUUUCCAAACAGAAAAUCGGUAAGCCGAGGGCUGCGAGCUUUGAGAUUUCCAAUAUUGGUAUCUUUGGACAUAAACAUCAAGAAGACGGUGAAGAAAGUAGCUGGACGGUUGGAAGAGUUGUAUUCAGUCAAAGCGUGGAUGUUGUUGGAGCGGCAAUUGAGGUUUCACUUGUCACUGGCAAUGAUGGAUCUCUUAAUAUUGGGUUUUCUUGGUUGGAUGGAAUUGUCGAGGGGUCUAUAAUUGAACAGGCGAUGGGCACUUUUGAGCGGACUGUAGAAGAGCUUGUUUCAAGAACAUGA